AUGACAGAUUUUACAUGCAUUUUGAAAAUUGGUCAUGGUGGACCAGGAUACUUAAAUGAAUGGAUUAAAGACAGUCAGAACCUGGGCCACCAGGUGUUCCUUAGUGCAGACUCUAAGUUCUUGGAUGCCAUUGCUGAUCCAGAGCUCAGCCCACUCUCCCAAGACAAGUGGAACCUAUGGAUGCCAUGCUCAGCAUCAGAAAAGGGAAAAGUAGAUCCGUUCAUCCAUUCAUCCAUUCAUCCAUUCACAGGACUGAGAACAGACCUCAACCUUUCAUUUAACUGUCCUCUCCCCAAGUCCCUGCUUCCUGCUCUUACUGGUGAUCAUAUCCUUAUGUGUAUUGACUAUGGCUUCACCAGAGUUGCAGAAAAUCUAAUAAUGAAGGUUGUCCAGACAUGUCUUGAUCUGGAGUCAAGGUUGGUGUAUUAG